AUGGUAAUAAUAACAACAAAAACAACAACAAUUCAAACAGUUCGAUCGAGGACAACAAAAUUUGUCAGGUGGUCAAAAAGACGACAUGAACGAAAACAGGUUUUGGAAGAAUUACGUCGGAUAGUACCAUUUGUUAAUGAACAUACACCAUUACUGGAAUUACUACAAAAAGUUAUUGAUUACAUUACUGAGCUUCAGGAACUUGUCAAUAAUUCGUCGGUUAAUACAAUUGAAAAUAAAGAAAAUAUAAUAUCAUGGAGGAGAAAUGAUUCAAAUUAUAAAACAUCAACCAAUAAUUGUGCCUACAUUCGUCAUCAUCAUUUACUAGAACUAUUUGAAAUGAAAAUUGAAUAA